AUGUCACUGUUUGGACGGUCUGCGAGUGCCACUGGCGGCGGCUUAAGCAUCAACACGGGAGCUGCUAAUGCUGGCUCAUGCAGUGCCGGCCCCUCGUCAACUCCCGCAGCUGGAGGCGGUCUCUUCGGAAACUCUACAGCGACGGCACAGCCUGCUACUAGUGGUGGUCUCUUUGGUGGUACUCAGGCAAGCAGCGGAGGACUCUUCGGAAAGAAGCCCUCUACACCUGCAACCGGUGGAUUGUUCGGUUCGGCGGCGACAGCAUCUCAGCCUCAACAACAACAACAACAAUCAGGAGGAUUGUUCGGUCAGCAAAACACGACGGCUCAGACAGGCACCAGCGGAGGGCUUUUUGGAUCGGCUGCUCAACAGCCAGCCCAGCAGCAAAAUCAGCAGCAGAGCGGAGGCUUGUUUGGCGCAGCUCAGCAGAAGCCCGCAACGGGCGGCCUUUUCGGCCAAAGCACGGCACAGCCUCAGCAGCAGUCGACGGGAGGACUCUUUGGUGGCGGCAACACGCAACCUCAGCAAAAUCAGCAGCAGAGUGGAGGUCUUUUCGGCCAGAGCCAAGCUCAGAACCAAGCCAAGCCCGGUGGUCUCUUUGCAUCAACCCAGCAGCAGAACAACACAGCUCCCGGCCUGACUAUGGGUCAGUCGACCACGCAGCAAACUGUUCCCGGCGUGAGGGUAGAUAUUUCUAACGUCAAGGGCACGACUCGGUUCAACGACCUCGAACAGUCCUUGCAGACUGAGAUGGAGAACUGCGACCUAAUGAUCCAGCGCUUCAUGUCGCACGCCUCUGAGAUUAAAGGCUUCAUGGCUGCGCACGGCGGCGAUCUCGAGCAGCUCACCAACGACGUCAACUGGCUUCAGAGAAAGUACGAGGGCGUCAAGACGACCCUGGACGAGGAUAUCGUUACUCUGGCACAUCUGAAGGAUCUCGUCAAGUCAGACGCCGACAUCGCAAAGAUGGCGUUUGCCGGUGCUGACCAGCUCAAACUUCCCGCUCACUACCACCAAACCUGGCUUACCCGUGGCGGAUCCGGCGGUAACGCGCCGAACAGCUCUCAGGACCGCAACUUGGAGGACGUCCUCACGCUGUUCUCCAACGAGGCUGACAGGCUAAAGGAGCUUCACCAGUUCCAGGUUCAGAAGAUCAAGGAGAUGGAGCAGCACAUGCCCGGUGUUGAGCACGGUCUUUACGAGCGAGUGCGAGCUCUCCGGGACCAGACACAGGUUCCCGCCUUCAACAUGGUUCUCGAUCUUUUGGAGACGAUCAAGAUGAUGGGCGACAAGAUUUACGAGGCGGCAGGCAGCAUCGUUGACGUCCGUGAGAAGCUUACCCAGCUUCAGCGCCAAUACCCCACCAAAUGA